AAAUGAAUACUUUCUUCAGGUACAGCAAGAGAGGUUUUGCUAGCCUCUACAACUAUUCAAGCUCUCAAAAUCCACGUGUCUUCUUAGAAGUUAGCAAAGGCGAAAGCAGCUUGGGAAGAAUGGUCUUUGAACUUUAUAAAAAUCAUGUUCCAAAGACAGCUGCCAAUUUUAAAGCAAUUGCUACAGGAGAAAAUGAAAAUGGUCUUUCAUAUGUAGGAGCUCCAUUCCAUAGAGUUACUAAAGGAUUCAUGGCUGAAGGCGGAGAUGUCGUCAACCAUGACGGAACUGGAAGCUCUUCUAUCUAUGGAGAGAGGUUUGAGGAUGAGAACUUGUCCCUCAGACAUCACAAGAGAGGUCUACUCACUAUGCUCAAUAGCGGAGAGAAUUCCAAUGGUUCUCAAUUUUCAAUUACUUUUAAUAAAACUAAUUGGCUCGAUGGAUACAAUGUAGUCUUUGGAGAGCUUGUAGAAGGAGAAGAUGUCCUUUCCCAAAUUGAAGAUGUCGGAAGCAGAUCUGGAGAAACUGAAGAGAAAAUCCAUAUUUCAGCCUCAGGAUCAGCAUAAUAAGUAUAAGUAUCUGCAGGGGUCAAUUAUUACCUUUUA